UUGUUCUCAUGUGUGUGAAGUAUUGAAUAAAAUAUUGAUGCAUUCAUUAUCAACAAACUAUAAAUUGCCAUUGUUUGCUUUAGUUCGCAUGCAUAAUUCUUUGAUUUGUCGCGUUGUGAAAAAGUUAUAAAAAAAACGGAGAAAAUUUAUUGACAGGCAAUUGAUAUUAGUGUCCUGUAGUAUUGAUAAACCUGAUUUUAUUUUAUUGAAUCACUAAAAUGCAGCCGUUGCUGAAAUUGCAUAUUUAUUUGACAAUUAUUGUCAUUAUUGCUGUUAUUAAUAAGGCGGACAUGGUACAGACUAAAUCACUGAAAGGAAUGAGUGAUUUGCUGGGCAUGGAUGAACCACCAGAAAAAAUUCCUGAGUUUGAAUCAUCUAUAUCAAGGAAACGUCGUGAUGCUGAUCAUCUUGCUGCCGAUGAUAUACCAGAGGAAGAGCCUAAUGCCCGUUUUAGAAUUCGUCGUGAAACUCCUCCUGGUGAAUCUGAUGUUCCAAAAGAUGUUCCAAAAGAAUUCCUAGAAACCGCGAAAAUAAAUCGGGCAAAACGUCAAAUGCCGCCACCACCCGGAGAGAUGCCGAUGCCACCAAUGUAAAGAAAUAAAAUUGAACAACAUUCUCAAACUAUUGGAAAUGUCACUUUUAUUUUUAAAUAUUUCACAGCUCUAAGUACCUAUUAGGGGACCGUAUGAAUAAAAAAGCAAAAAAAACUUA